UGGGUUUCGAACUGAUUCUCUGGUUAAUAAGUAGCCUCUCCAAAGCACAGACUGUUCUGUAGUCCAGAGGCGUACAAGUGCUUCUAGACGAAGGAAACCAGCUUAAGGGUAAACAAAAUCAAAAAAUACUCCUCCACCAACAAAACUGAUAAGAUUUGAAUGUUUGCAAAUAUUUUCGGCCGAAACUGAAUAGAUUGUGCGAAAUGGAAGAGAGCAAGGGUACGCCAGAAAGCGAUUUCAGUAUCGAGUGUUUUCAGAAUUAUUCAGCCCCCGAAGUGUUUGUACAAGGCCUUGCUGGUAUUGUUGAUCAACAAGACGUUGAAUCUAUGAUUCGGGCCCAAAAACAGAUGUUGCAACGUUUUGAGAAAACCAAUGAGAUGCUAACAAACUGUAAUGCUUUAUCUGCCUCAAGGUUGAAAACAGUUGUUCCCGAGUUCAAAAAACACAUUCACCUAUUGGCAGAUAUGAAGAAAGACCUAGACUACAUUUUCAAGAAAAUAAGAGUCAUCAAAACAAAACUCAAUAACCAAUACCCAGAUGCCUUUGCAGAGGCAGUGAGAAGCAGUUUUGCAGAAGAAUGUGAGGAGGAUAUUAAAACAAAGCAGGAUGCUUCGACAAGCAAUAGAAGGAGCUUACAUAUAAAAAGCGAGGUGGUUGUAGAAUCUGUGGAUUCAGCCAGAAGAGCAUCCAAAUGAUUUUAUCUUUUAUUUUUAUUAUUCUGUGAUCUGUAUGUGAAUUUAAGAUAGUGAAAUGUAACAAUGUUUUAUAAUAAUAAGACUCCAACUAAAUA